AUGCACCGCUCCCUCCUCCUAGCCUCCAGCCUCGCAGUAGGCUCCUCCCUCGCCCUAUCACUUUAUCUCUACUGGCUGCACGACACUUUGCACCGAUGUACCCAUCACACCUCGCGCAGCGGCCCGCUGGCCUCGUACUCGGUCGCGGAUCGCAUCGAGACCGUUCCCGAAGCUGUCUUUUCGUCGGGGCUGUUCUUUUCCGUUUAUGAUCGGUCUUGGAGGGUUGUGAAGAAGAAGAUCCUGCCGGAGGCGGAAAAAGAACAAGAAGAACAGCAGGAGCUGGGCAACCUCCUCACGCUCUACCUCCGGCAUAACAUGCUCCAAUUCUCGCAAUUUUUCCCUCAAGCGUGGUUUCUGCGGUUUAUCGCUCCGGCUGGGUCCUUGUCCCGGAGGAGUUUUUCUUCAGAGUAUAUCCGGCGACUGGAUUUUCAGCCAGAGGAUGUUGUUUGUGGAGUAUAUGUGGUGAAACUGCGGACGAGGAACAAGGUUGAGUUUGAGAUACGGCCCUUUACAACACCUGCGUCUGCAUCUGCAGCUGCAGAUGAAAAGACAGGAGGAAGACUGGUGAUCAGCAUCCAAGAAGAAGGCCGCGACGAGUACGUUUUCUCCAACGAGACGGUCAUGUGGAAGGCGGUUGAUGAUGAGAGUGUCGUCCUGCCGUUGGAGAGAGCGCCGCUCAGGUGGAUGCACGAGUUGGCGUCGUGGUGGUUGUUGGAUUCUGCUGGAGAUGUGCUCAUCGACGACACGACUUAUCCUUGA